GCACAUGCGGGGGUGUUGCCUGUUCGAGCAUGUUACGCUUUGCCCGUUGAUGCCCAAAGUGCCUUUUCGUCAACAUACAACUAUUAAUAAUAAUUUAGCCAUAAAAUGACUGGUUGCUGUCAGUCAUUUUCUGUCAUAUGAUAACUUUUCAUCUGUGGCAGGCAAACAGUGAUUAAAUGUUAAUGUUACAAAGAGCUUUACACUUACAAUCACCAAAAACAAAGAGGAAAAAUAAAAAAAAGGAAUAAUAAUAAUAAUCAUAAACUUUAUUUGUAUAGCACCUUUCUUACAAGAAAUGCAGCCCAGCGUGCUUUACGAUAAAGACAAACACAUGCACCAAGUGCUGCACAUGAAAAGGCUUAGAAGACAAAUUCGAGCACCUGUCCUUCUAUUGGUCUCCGCCAGGGAUGUAUUAUAGUGACGGCCCUGUUACAUGAGCAGAAAUAAGAUCUCAGUCCUCCUGCCGCUGGAGGCGCUGUCUCAGAAUUCAUUAUAUUUUCAGUAUGACACGCAUGCGCAGACGGUCUGUUUUCAGGCGGCAGAGGAAGACGUGAAGGAGUCUUGUUAUUGAUUUGUAAUUUGUCAUUUCUAGCUUCAACUUUUAGUUUUUACAAUGGAUUUAGACACCGGGACAUACGAACCAGGAUUUGUUGGGAUACGGUUUUGUCAAGAAUGUAACAACAUGUUAUACCCAAAAGAAGACAAGGAGAACCGUAUCCUGCUUUAUGCGUGCAGGAACUGUGACUACCAACAAGAAGCAGACAACAGCUGCAUCUAUGUUAACAAGAUCACCCACGAGGUUGAUGAAUUGACACAAAUCAUCGCUGAUGUAUCUCAAGAUCCAACUCUACCAAGGACAGAGGACCACCCUUGUCCCAAGUGUGGUCACAAGGAGGCAGUGUUCUUCCAGUCUCACAGUAUGAGGGCUGAGGAUGCUAUGAGACUGUACUACGUCUGCACGGCCCCUCACUGUGGACACAGAUGGACAGAGUAAAGCUGCGAUAAUGAAAAGCUCUAACCUUUUCAUUUACAAUAUUGCCGUUCACAAUAAGCUGUGGAUCAAAUAGAGUUCUGUGCAGUUUGCAACAGCACUGCUGAUGUUUGUAGACUGAAAUCAUCUUGCAGUUUGUCAGACACCAUUCUGUGAAUAUAAUGUAUUAAUAGUCUUUUUUAUAGCUGUUGUCACUUUCAAGUGUGUUUUGUUAGAUUAAAAGAAUCAAUUGUUUAA